UUAUCCAAUAUUUAAUAUAAAAACACUAAUUAUUCCAUGUUUUCAUCUGUAUUAUCCAAAAUUAUCUUAAGAAUCGAAACCGAACUAAAUCCAAUUUUUUUUUGAGAUAUUAGCUAGUUUCUUAAAUUUUGCUAUCCAAACCAAAAAACUUAAAUAAUCAAAACCAAAAUCAUACCAAAUUUUGUAAAUAACUAAAAGUUGUUAAAUUCUAAAACCAAGAAAACCAGAAACCAAAAAUUGAAAUACACAAACCGAAAUUCCUGAACCAAAACCGAACCUACUCGCAUCAGCAGAGACCCGAUUAAUCAAUUUUUAAUUGGUGAUGAGAUGACAUGGACAAAUCGUUGUCUAGUUGGACUACUGUCGGCUGACGAGUCAGCUAUUGUAAUGUUGCUGACGUGGCUUUACGACGUAAUAAUAUUAUUAUUAUUAUUCUCUCUCGAAAUAAUAUUAUUUCACAAAAUUUCUGCAAUUCUGGAGAAAGCUAAAGGUCUCGCCUUUAUCAAGUAAUCAAGAAGAAGAUGCUGUUUCAGGUGGGAGGUGAUGGCACGCGCCCUACCUUCUUCGAGAUGGCUGCAGCUCAGCAGCUUCCAUCUAGCCUCCGCGCCGCUCUCACAUACUCCCUCGGCGUUUUUGCAUUGAGAAGAUCGUUUCUUCACAGAAUCUUAGACUACGAGGAUGAGUUCUUUGCUGCUCUGAUGCUUAUCCUCGAAGGACAUAGCUUACGAACCACAGAUGCUUCGUUUGCUGAAUCAUUGUAUGGUUUAAAGAGGAAGUCAGUGAGAUUGAGAUUGAGAUUAUGCAAAGGUUCUGGUUUAGAGAAACGCCAGAGGAUCCUCUCUGUUGUGUUUCUGGUUGUGUUACCGUAUUUUAAGUCGAAGUUGCAUGGUAUAUAUAACAAGGAGAGGGAAGCUAGGCUCCGGGAGAGUUUAUGGGGAGCAGAGGAUCAAGGGUUUGAUGAAGCUGACUUUUUCACAGGGGAGGAGCCAGUUGUUUCAAGAGGGGAUAGUGGGGAUCAGGAGCUUUCUGCGAAGUUUGUAGCUGUGUGCUAUCCUCUGAUGCAUGCAUCAAGUGAAGGAUUAUCAUUCACUUACCAGCUCUUAUAUCUACUAGACGCUACUGGAUUUUAUUCCCUUGGCCUUCAAGCUCUUGGAGUUCAAGUUUGUCGAGCUACAGGACAAGAACUGAUGGAUACAUCUUCAAGAAUUUCAAAGAUAAGAAACCAUGAGCGUGAGAGACUUCGUGGUCCUCCAUGGCUAAAAACAGUGCAAGGGGCACUUCUCAGCUGUUCAUAUGCAGUGCUUGAUUACGCCCAAACCGGUUUAAUUGCAGCAGUUUUUAUCUUUAAAAUGAUGGAGUGGUGGUAUCAAUCAGCUGAAGAGAGAUUGACAGCUCCUACCGUGUACCCUCCACCACCACCUCCUCCAUCCCCAAAGGUGGCUAAAGAAGGAAUCCCUCUACCUCCUGACAGGACUCUCUGCGCGUUAUGCUCGCAAAAACGUGCAAACUUGUCAGUUGUAACAGUCUCUGGAUUUGUUUUCUGCUAUUCUUGUGUAUUCAAGUAUGUUUCACAGUACAAGCGAUGUCCAGUGACAUUGAUUCCAGCAAGCGUGGAUCAGAUUAGGAGGUUGUUUCAUGACACACAGAAAAAAAAUUUUUUAAUGGGUUUGAAGCCAAACAGUGAGCGCUUCUGUUCUCAAUCGUUGGUUUGGAGAUGGCGCAACCAGAGUCUACAGACUCUACACUGGAAGAGCUAAAAUGACUGCUAAGUGAGACGCCUAAUUCCACAAUUGGUUAAUGUAUAUUUUAUAUAAAUGGAUAAGCUUUCUUGUUGAGUUCAUCAAGCUUGGGAUCAAGUGCAUCUUGUAUUGCAAGAAAGCUGAGUUUGUUUGUUUGUUUUGUGGUUUCUUGCUUUGUGGGUUUUUAUCCAGGGUAGGAAAGACGAAAUCAUCAGUGAGCCCUUAGAAGAGGCAUUGACAAAGUUAUCCAAGCUCAAAAGAUCUGCUUAAGGGAGUAGUUAACUGCUAGAUAAUGAAUAAACUGCAUUGAUAAAUCUAGGAUCUAAUCUAGUAUACCAUUGUAGUAGUAGAGAUCGUUUUGGUUGGUUUAGUUUUUUUUUUUUUGUGGGGCAUGAUAAUGCAUCUAAGCAAGGGCGGUGUUGUAUAUGA